AAUUGUAAUUUUUGCGUCGGUCUUCUGCUAGAAGGGAGGAAACAAUUAUUAGUUUGCUUUUUCUGAUCUUAUUUAUAAGAGUCAUUCUUUCUCUUUGUUCUGCUAGGGUUAAAACAUUUAGAACAUGGCAGACACAUUCGAUUUCGGAGUUCUUUUAAUUCUUGUCAAAGGUUUCAAAUCCUCCAGAAGCCAAAAUGGACACAGUAAACAGAUUAGAAUUUUACUUCUGAACGAAAUGGAAAAGCUGGAAAAGACCCUCUUCAGACUUGAACAAGGGUUUGAACUGCAGUUCCGAUUAGGCCCAACUUUACAGGGAAAAGCAGUCACUGUUUAUACGAAUUACCCAUUUCCUGGAGAAGCAUUUAAUCGAGAAAAAUUCCGUUGCCUGGAAUGGGAAAAUCCAACAGAAAGAGAAGAUGAUUCUGAUAAAUACUGUAAACUUAAUCUCCAACAAGCUGGAUCAUUUCAGUAUUACUUCCUUCAGGGAAAUGAGAAAAGUGGUGGGGGUUACAUAGUGGUGGAUCCCAUUUUACGUGUUGGUGCUGAUAACCAUGUGUUGCCCCUGGACUGUGUUACUCUUCAGACAUUUUUAGCCAAGUGUUUGGGACCCUUUGAUGAAUGGGAAAGCAGACUUAGGGUUGCAAAAGAAUCAGGCUACAACAUGAUUCAUUUUACCCCACUGCAGACUCUUGGACUAUCAAGGUCAUGCUACUCCCUUGCUGAUCAGUUAGAAGUAAAUCCAGACUUUUCAAGACCUAAUAAAAAGUAUACCUGGACUGAUGUUGGACAGCUAGUGGAAAAAUUGAAAAACGAAUGGAAUGUUCUUUGUAUUACUGAUGUUGUCUACAAUCAUACUGCUGCUAACAGUAGAUGGCUCCAGGAACAUCCAGAAAGUGCAUAUAACCUUGUGAAUUCCCCACACUUGAAACCUGCCUGGGUCUUAGACAGAGCACUUUGGCAUUUAUCCUGUGAUGUUGCAGAAGGGAAAUACAAAGAAAAAGGAGUACCUGCUUUGAUUGAAAAUGAUCAUCAAAUGAAUUGCAUUCGAAAAAUAAUUUGGGAGGAUAUUUUUCCAAAGAUACAACUCUGGGAAUUUUUCCAAGUAGAUGUUCACAAAGCAGUUGAGCAAUUUAGAGGACUUCUUACACAAGGAAAUAGAAAAACAACCAAGCCUGAUCCAAAGCAGCACCUUAAAAUUAUUCAAGAUCCUGAAUACAGACGGCUUGGCUGUACAGUUGAUAUGAACAUUGCACUAGCAACUUUCAUACCACAUGACAAUGGGCCAGCCGCAGUUAAUGAAUGCUGCAACUGGUUCCGGAAGAGAAUUGAGGAAUUAAACUCAGAGAAGCAUCAACUCGUGAACUAUCAUCAGGAACAGGCAGUCAAUUGCCUUUUGGGAAAUGUGUUUUAUGAACGACUGGCUGGCCAUGGUCCCAAACUAGGACCUGUCACUAGAAAACAUCCUUUAGUUACCAGAUACUUUACUUUCCCAUUUGAAGAAAUGUCCCUGUCCAUGGAAGAAUCUAUGAUUCAUGUCCCAAAUAAAGCUUGUUUUCUGAUGGCACAUAAUGGAUGGGUAAUGGGAGAUGAUCCCCUUCGCAACUUUGCUGAACCAGGUUCAAACGUUUACCUGAGGAGAGAACUUAUUUGCUGGGGAGACAGUGUUAAAUUACGUUAUGGGAAAAAACCAGAAGACUGUCCUUAUCUCUGGGCACACAUGAAAAAAUACACUGAAAUAACGGCGACUUAUUUCCACGGAGUACGUCUUGAUAACUGCCACUCAACACCUCUUCAUGUAGCCGAGUACAUGUUGGAUGCUGCUAGGAAAUUGCAACCCAAUUUGUAUGUGGUAGCUGAACUCUUCACAGGAAGUGAAGACCUGGACAAUAUCUUUGUUACUAGACUGGGCAUUAGCUCCCUAAUAAGAGAGGCAAUGAGUGCCUACAAUAGUCAUGAAGAGGGCAGAUUAGUUUACCGAUACGGAGGAGAACCUGUUGGAUCCUUUGUUCAGCCCUGUUUGAGGCCUUUAGUGCCAGCAAUCGCACACGCCCUGUUUAUGGAUAUUACCCAUGAUAAUGAGUGUCCUAUUGUGCACAGGUCAGCGUACGAUGCUCUCCCAAGUUCCGCAAUUGUUUCCAUGGCAAGUUGUGCUAGUGGAAGCACUAAAGGCUAUGAUGAAUUGGUGCCUCAUCAGAUUUCAGUCGUUUCUGAAGAACGGUUUUACACUAAGUGGAAUCCCGGAGCAUCGCCGUCAAGUGCUGGUGAAGUGAAUUUCCAAAGUGGCAUUAUUGCAGCCAGGUGUGCUAUCAAUAAACUUCACCAAGAGCUCGGAGCCAAGGGUUUUAUUCAGGUGUAUGUGGAUCAAGUUGAUGAAGACAUCGUGGCAGUAACAAGACACUCACCUAGCAUCCAUCAGUCAGUUGUGUCUGUGUCUAGAACUGCUUUCAGGAAUCCCAAGACUUCAUUUUACAGCAAGGAAGUGCCUCAAAUGUGCAUCCCUGGUAAAAUUGAAGAAGUAGUUCUUGAAGCUAGAACUGUUGAGAGAAAUACGAAACCUUAUAGGAAGGAUGAGAAUUCAAUCAAUGGAAUGCCAAAUAUCACAGUAGAAAUUAGAGAACAUAUUCAGCUUAGUGAAAGUAAAAUUGUUAAGCAAGCUGGAGUUACCACGAAAGGACCGAAUGAAUAUAUUCAAGAAAUAGAAUUUGAAAACUUGUCUCCAGGAAGUGUUAUUAUAUUCAGAGUUAGUCUUGAUCCACAUGCACAAGUCGCUGUUGGAAUUCUUCGAAAUCAUCUGACACAGUUCAGUCCUCACUUUAAGUCUGGGAGUCUUGCUGCUGACAACUCAGAUCCUAUAUUAAAAAUUCCUUUUGCUUCUAUUGCUUCUAAAUUAACUUUGGCUGAGGUAAAUCAGGUGCUUUACCGAUGUGAAUCAGAAGAACAGGAAGAUGGCGGAGGAUGCUACAACAUACCAAACUGGUCAUCCCUUAAAUACGCAGGUCUUCAAGGAUUAAUGUCCGUAUUGGCAGAAAUAAGACCAAAGAAUGACUUGGGGCACCCCUUCUGUGAUAAUUUGAGAUCUGGAGAUUGGAUGAUUGACUAUGUCAGUAAUCGGCUUAUUUCACGAUCAGGAACUAUUGCUGAAGUUGGUAAAUGGUUGCAGGCUAUGUUCUUCUACCUGAAGCAGAUCCCACGUUACCUUAUCCCAUGUUACUUUGACGCUAUAUUAAUUGGUGCAUACACCACUCUUCUGGAUGUAGCAUGGAAGCAGAUGUCAAGCUUUAUUCAGAAUGGUUCUACCUUUGUGAAACACCUUUCACUGGGUUCAGUCCAGAUGUGUGGAGUAGGGAAAUUCCCUUCCCUGCCAUUGCUUUCACCUGCACUCACGGAUGUACCAUACAGACUGAAUGAGAUCACAGGACAGAAGGAGCAAUGUUGUGUGUCUUUAGCUGCAGGCUUGCCUCAUUUUUCUUCCGGUAUUUUCCGCUGCUGGGGAAGGGACACUUUUAUUGCGCUUAGAGGUCUACUACUGAUUACUGGGCGCUAUUUGGAGGCCAGGAAUAUUAUUUUAGCAUUUGCGAGUACCUUGAGGCACGGUCUCAUUCCUAAUCUCCUGGGUGAAGGAACUCAUGCCAGAUACAAUUGCCGGGAUGCUGUGUGGUGGUGGCUGCAGUGUAUUCAGGAUUAUUGUAAAAUGGUUCCAAAUGGUAUAGACAUUCUCAGGUGCCCAGUUUCCAGAAUGUACCCUACAGAUGAUUCUGCUCCUUUGUCUGCCGGCACACUGGAUCAGCCGUUGUUUGAAGUAAUACAGGAAGCCAUGCAAAGACACAUGCAGGGCAUACAGUUCCGAGAAAGGAAUGCCGGUCCGCAGAUAGAUCGGAACAUGAGGGAUGAGGGUUUUAAUAUAACCGCAGGGGUUGACGAAGAAACAGGAUUUGUUUAUGGAGGAAAUCGCUUCAAUUGCGGUACAUGGAUGGAUAAAAUGGGAGAAAGUGACAGAGCGAGAAACAAGGGAACCCCCGCCACGCCGAGAGACGGGUCUGCUGUGGAAAUUGUAGGCCUGAGUAAAUCUGCUGUUCGUUGGUUGCUGGAAUUAUCCCAGAAAAAUAUUUUUCCUUAUCAUGAAGUUACAGUAGAAAGACAUGGAAAGGUGGUGAGAGUCUCCUAUGAUGAAUGGAACAGAAAGAUACAAGCCAACUUUGAAAAGUUAUUUUAUGUGUCAGAAGACCCUUCAGAUGUCAAUGAAAAGCAUCCUAACCUGGUGCACAAACGUGGCAUAUACAAAGAUAGCUAUGGAGCUUCAAGCCCUUGGUGUGACUAUCAGCUCAGGCCUAAUUUUACUAUAGCAAUGGUUGUGGCCCCCGAGCUCUUCACUGCAGAAAAAGCAUGGAAAGCUUUGGAGAUUGCAGAAAAAAAACUGCUUGGUCCUCUUGGCAUGAAAACUUUGGAUCCAGAUGAUACGGUUUACUGUGGAACUUACGACAAUGCCUUAGACAAUGACAACUACAAUCUUGCUAAAGGUUUCAAUUAUCACCAAGGGCCUGAGUGGCUGUGGCCUGUUGGGUAUUUUCUUCGUGCGAAAUUAUAUUUUUCCAGAUUGAUGGGUCCAGAGGCUACUGCAAAGACUAUAUUUUUGGUUAAAAAUGUUCUUUCUCGACAUUAUGUUCAUCUUGAAAGAUCUCCUUGGAAAGGACUGCCAGAACUGACCAAUGAGAAUGGCCAAUACUGUCCUUUCAGCUGUGAAACACAAGCCUGGUCAAUUGCUGUCAUUCUUGAAACACUCUAUGAUUUAUAGUUGCCUCAUGGAUAUUUAUUACGUAUGCAAUCAAUUGUAUUGUGGAAUGCAAGGUCAUAAUGUAAUGUAAAUGCUUUAUAUGCACAAGCACAAAUCACUUAAAAAAUCUAAUUCAUGUACUAUUGAUACCCAAUUAGGUUAAGACUGUAAAACACUGGUUUUUCUUUCUUCUUUUUUUUUAAUGUACAGAGUAGCUUUUGAUUUGAGUCAAAAAGAAAACUUAUCAUUACCAGUGGAAUGUUUUUCUUUUGAAUUCAGGAAGUAUUCUUCAAAUGCCUAGAAAUAAAGAAUUUGAAAUCCAGAGUUUGAAAAAGAAAAAUCAUGUAAUCCUCUAUUUGUACAUAAGUGAAGAUGAAAUAUGAAAAUGUAAUAGUGAAAGAAAUGGAAAAGUAUCUUUGAAUUGCAGUAAAUUUUCUUCAGUAACAAUACAUACUAAACAGGCUAUGGUUAAUUAAUGUUCUCACCUUUUACUAUAGUAUUUCUAGCUGCAUUCAGUAAGUACUAGAUGAAUGCUGAAUCAUGGAAGUGUCCACCUACAAUAUAUGUUCAUAAAUGAAGCACAAAUGUUUAUAAUGUGCUUUUAUUUUUUUCACUGAAAUAUUAAUGUUUUUAAUAUAAUGAAUAUCAACAGUAUAUUUACAUAAUUUACUUGUGCUGAUGAUGCACAGGAUAUAUGAAAAAAUCACAGAGCAUUAGGAAUUUAUUUUAUAAAAACAGUUUUAUAAAAUUAGUCCUGAGUUCCAGUUUCAUACUGUGAGAUAGCUUACAUUUUCAAAAUGUAAAUUGUUGGGCAUAUUCAUGAGAAAUUUAAGGGAAAAAUGCCAUAUUAAUUUCUCUAAAACUUAACUAUUUUUAGUUUGUGUGUAAAAGUGUAUAGAUAACUGGCUUCCUGUGAACCAGAACCUACAUUGACAAGUUUAGCAUUGAGAACAAUCGUAAUAUACUAUAGAGCUAUGAAUUCAGUAGUUAUCUUGAACUCAAUAAAAUCAUUUGAAAAGUUUUUAAUAUUAUUUUAAGGUACCUUAAAUUUAGAAAAGUCAUAAAAGGAAAAAGGCUUUAACAUUUGUAUGAUUUGACAUUUUUGAAUAGUGCAUAUUUUCUAGAUGAAUUUUUUUUUCCGUUUUACUGUUUUUGUCUCAAGACAACACUUAAAUUAGAUCAUUAUACUUUCAGUUGAAAGAAAAUAGUUGCAGAAGUCCUUUUAUUACUAUAUAAUAUUAUUCAAAUAUUAGUAUAUUUAUAGUGAAAAUAAUGGUGCAGUAACACUUUCCUCAGUUAGAGGUCACAUACCUAACCACCUUAACUAUGAGGAAGGAAUAAAAAUAAAGGAGAAAAACAAAUAAACUAAAACUUCUGGGUAGUAAAAAUACAAAAAUGUUUCAGAUGUCAAAUACCCAUACUCGACCCUACUUUAGGAGUAGUUUUAAACCAGCUUGGUUUUCUGGUUUUCCAACCUAAAGCAGUUUAAAUCCUACAACUGUAAGGACAGUCAUGAUUAUAAUCUGACCACUGUCCAUAAAUGCAUUGAUUUCCAAGUUUCCUUUCCUUCUUCAUCGCUCAAUGUAUAAGCUUCUCUAAGCUGUGCAGUUAAAAAGAAUGACCCUUCUUGAGAGGGAGAACCAUUAGUCAUCCAAGAUUCACAGUUCUGUUGUUCUCAUUUAACUUCUAUGUUAAAGGUGGUAAGAAAAGUAACUGAAAAUCAACAUAUUUAACAAAAGCAGGAAUUAAUGGCUGACAGUUAAAUGUGAUAAAUAAGUAAAUGAAUAAAUUAAUGAAUUCUAAUAAAUAAAUAAUAUUAAGUUGACAAUUUUUAAAACAUAGCCAUAUUGGGGUUACCUAUAGUAGGGCAAAUAUCCACCUCAGAAAAUUUUUAGGAUAUUGUGUUGCACUAGAAAAUUAAGUGGUUCAUGUUCCUUAUUAGGAAUAUCAAUGAAAGAACAUUGUUAUAAUAUGCAUGGCCUGUUUUAAAGUUUAAGAGGCAAGUUACACAUUGUUUCAUCAAAGGUAGUUAAAAUAACCAGCUUUAGACUUUAGAGGGAUAAAUUGUUUGACUAAAAAACAUUUAAAUAGAAUGCUUCAUUCCUGAGUGAUGCUGGAUGAGGUACCAAUAUAUUACAUUUUGAGAAUGGUUCUGUGCCUGGGUUCUUCAUUAAUUCAAAUCAGUCUUACUCUUUAAUUUCAGAAAUUUGCCACUUUAACCAGUAUGCUGUGAUAAUUUAAUGUUUCAAAGAUAAUUGAGGAAACAUGAGACCUGUCAUCCUAUCUACGAACAUUAUAACCUAUGUGAAUUGUAUUUUCUGUUUCUCAUAUGUCUUCAACUGCUUAUCUAGUGGGCAAAUGUCAUGUUUAUGUCUGUGUGCCAAGAAAAUAAAAAUCUUUUCUAAAGGACUAUA